AUGUCAGACGAAGUUAUAUGGCAAGUAAUAAAUAAUCAAUUCUGUGCAUUUAAAAUUAAAACAGAUAAAAAUCAAAAUUUUUGUCGAAAUGAAUAUAAUGUAACAGGUUUAUGUUCAAGACAAUCAUGUCCAUUAGCAAAUGCAAGAUAUGCAACUAUAAAAAAUGUUGAUGGAAAAUUGUAUCUAUAUAUGAAAACUGCAGAAAGAGCUCAUAUGCCAAAUCGAUGGUGGGAAAGAAUAAAAUUAUCAAAAAAUUAUAAUAAAGCUUUAAAACAAGUUGAUCAUCAUUUAAUGUAUUGGCAAAAAUUUUUAAUACAUAAAUGUAAACAAAGAUUAACAAGAUUAACUCAAGUAGCAAUAACAGAAAGAAGAUUAGCAUUAAAUGAUGAAGAAAGAACAAUGGUUGGAAUAGCCCCCAAAAUAAAAAGAAGAGAAGAAAAUAGAGAAAGAAAAGCAUUAGCUGCAGCAAAAAUUGAAAAAGCUAUAGAAAAAGAAUUAUUAGAAAGAUUAAAAAGUGGAGCAUAUGGUGAUAAACCAUUAAAUGUUGAUGAAAAUAUUUGGAAAAAAGUUUUAGGAAAAGUUGAUGAAGUUGAACAAGAAGAAGAAUUUGAUGAUGAAGAAGAUUUUGAAUUAGAAAGUGGUGAUGAAGAAGAAGAUGAAGAAGAUAUGGGACAAGUUGAAUAUGUUGAAGAUUCUGGGGAUGAUGAAAUUGUAGAUAUGGAAGAUUUAGAAAAAUGGUUAGAUGAUUCAAGUGAUAAUGAAGAAAGUGGGGAUGAAAGUGAUGAUGAUGAUGAUGAAAGUGAUGACGAUGAAGACGAAAAUGAAGAUGGAGUAUCAAGAAAGAGAAAAGCAGAAGAUAGUAAAUCUAAACAAAAGAAAAAGAGAAAACCAAGAGUGGAGAUUGAAUAUGAAGAAGAACCAUUACAAACAAAUAUAGCCAUAUAG